UGUUUAACGUAUUUAAAGCCUUAAACACUCAUUUACAAUCAAGGUCUCAGAGCGAGUACAUUCAAUUCCAAUAGUGAUUCGUCAUUUCAAACUCUUUCAUGACAUAAGAGGACAUUGUUUAGAUCAAAUGAAGUCAGUGAACAGUGAACAGUGAUGUACGAGCAAGUGCUUAACUAUUAUUAUUUGUUUGUUUCAUUUAAUACGUUGUUUUAGUGUAUUAGAUUUACGGUAUUUGGGCUAAUUGCUUUACUCUAAAAGUAGGUACAAAGAUUUGACCGUGACCCUAAACCUUAUUAAAGUACUUGAGCGACUGCAAACUACAAAUGUAUCAGUUGACAUCUAAACGUCUGUCUGUGUAGUGCAAUAACUUAGAAAAUAUGUUACGGAGAGAUUUCUUUGCUGAAUUUUAUACAAACGGUCAUCCUCACAAGAAUGAAGAUAAGACUGAACAGCCGUCUCUUCAGCCUCUCCUGGAACCAGACAAGGAAAAGCCAAAGCCGCCUCUCGCUGGACCAGAGAUCGAUGAUUUGGAUGAACGCCCAGUAGAUGCCACUCCUUACCCUGGCAUUGACGAUGGAUUGCUGGAAAAUGGUGACAAGAAUCCAUACGACCCUCAUGUAGGCGUGGACACGGACGCGGAGACACACCACUCUCACGAGACGCAUCCGACCCGAGAUGACGGAGUCGCCACGGACGGUAAAUGGCCCUGGCCGCCUGCCGACGAGGCGGAUUAUCCAUACGGUGAUGGAUUCAAUGGACUGAGCCCGAGAUUUGGUAUCGAUGAUAGACCCGGCUCUCCCAUGAUACCCGGGACCUCCAUCCCGGACGUGAACACGUACCAACAGAAGAAGAACCUGGCUCAGGGCAUGAUGGACCUGGCCUUGCUGUCUGCCAACGCCAACCAGCUGAGGUACGUCCUCGAGUCGGCCAGCACGCACCCCUACUACUACCCCAGUCUAGUGUUCAUAUCUCUCAGUAUAGUCCUGCAGAUCGCGGUGGGCGUGGGUCUCAUCAUGAACAGCCGGUACAACGUCAAAGACGAGAAGGACAUCUGCAAGGCGGACAAGAUCAACAACAUGACGGUGCUGGGCGUGUUCCUGGUGACGAUCGUGAACGUCUUCAUAACCUCGUUUAGUGUCGCUUCACCGACUGCGGUCAUCGGGGUCGGGACUCAAGUGACCGCUAUACAACAAAGUGGGUGAUGAGGAAUAUGGACGCAUAGACCGAGGAGUGUUUGAAAAUAACUAAAAGGAAGCCAAGUACACUUUAAAGAUAUGUACUGUUCAAGUCUAUACGUGUUACAUGAAUGAUUCAGUUUGCUGCUGUCAAUGUUUUGAUUGUUGAAUCUCUACAAGUAUUUAACGUUCUCCGAUUCUGUUUGUGAUGCGACGUCUUUGUCGCAGACUUCUUAUAUUAAACAGGCACUGUUUUAAGAGUUUUUAGCCAUAAUUCCUUCCGUGUGAAGGUAUGUUUAAGCUACCUAGUACUAAGAUGUUUAAAUAGUAUGCGAAUGAGACCAAAGGUUGGUUGUAACGAGGCGAGUCCGAUGAAUCCACCAGUUUCUUCCCUCCUGGCUGAUAGUGUAGAUGAUGAUGUAGAAAAAACAUAUUUAUUAGAUUUCAUAAACUCGUAUUAUAAGUAAAAUUAAAAAAUAUAUAUUUAAGAGAGUAACUAACCAAUGUAGGUGGUGCUAAAUGUUUAUAUAACGGGUUUUUCAUAUCUGUACAUACGAUAAAUAACAAGUGUGAUUAAUUCUAAAGCUCAAAAAAAUGUAUACGAGUCAAGGUUACUCAAGUCUCUAGACAUCCGUAGAACUAAAAUAUCAAAACUGUUCACGACCUUUCCCGUCUGUUAAUUAUAAUGUUAAUAGUACUUAUAAUAGUUAAUUUAUUUUCAAAGUCAAUCGAUAUUGUAUAAAAGAUUUACGUACUUAUUAUUGUAAAUAAUGUUUUUUAUAUAUUUAAAGAGCAAAACACGCCUAAGUUUUUUCACUGUAUUUUAUGAUGUCCACAAGUUUAUCGCCACACUGAGUGAGAGCGAUUUUAGUUAUUCCUUUAGAUAUGAAAUUGCUCAACAUAUAUGUACAUACCGUAUACUGUAUGGAUCUCGGAAAAAUUUUUAUAGUCGCCCAAAAUAACAUUAUAUUUAUUCAACAAGGUUCACGACUGCUUAUUGUUGCUAGUUAAGUUAUCGAGACGAUGUCUCGAAGCAUUUAUUCUGUAGGUUAACGAACCCAACUGUUUAGAAUCUCUACGAAUCUCACGUUGUACAUUAUAAUAAAUAUUUGUAUAUAAAGA